GGACUACGAAUACUUUUAAAUGCUAUGCAGUUGGCAGCUAGUCGACAUGGUAAAAUUAUUGAACCUUUACUAUCAUUAUCAGUGGAUUUCUAUGCUCGUGUAUUUGUACGUGUUUGGUCAAGUCGAUUAUCUGUAAAAGCUAUUGCAGCUAAACAUGGUAUUUGUUAUGUUUGUCCUGGUUGCUUAGCUUAUCACAUACAACCACUUGGUGAAGCAGUUAAUACUAAUAAGAUAGUUGUUGCAGCUCAUGGUCCACCUAUAGGACCUCAAUGCAUAGAAUGCGGUUCAAAAUUUCAUGUAUUUGGUCCUAUUUGGAUUGGACCUUUACAUAGUCGUACAUUUCUACAUGAAUUUCUCACGGAUCUAGGCCACCCUCCAAAAAAUGUUGACAACAAUACGUCGAGUUGUUUGAAUGGUGAAAAUCAUUCAUCUUCAACGCAGAGAAAUACAAGCAAUGAAUUCAACGAAUCAAAUAGUCAAGUAUCAACCGCCACGGAUAGUUCAACAAAUAGAAAAAAUAAUUAUGGCACAUUUAAACGUAUUAUUGGUAUGACAACUGUAGCCUAUGAAGAACUUCCUGAUGUCCCGUUAUAUUACAUAGCUGAUCAAAUAGCAUCUGCUUUUGGUUGUACCAUACCGAAACAACCAGAUUUAUACUCUUGUCUUCUGAAUGCCAACUAUCGUGUUUCCUGCUCACAUGCUGAUAAAAAUUCUUUUAAAACCGAUGCACCACAUUCAUUUGUACUUGACUGUUUUCGAUCUCAUUAUGAUAGAAUAAAGAGUGAACUAGGAAAAUCCGAUCUUGAAUUAACUGAUGAAGAAAAUCCCGAAACAAAAAUGAACACAGCAUCAAAGGUGGUCAGUGUUCGGAGCAAAAGAUACUUUAGGAGAAAACGGCCUGUGGAUGAUAAUAAUAAUAAUAUUAACAUGGAUAUCUCAUCGGACAUGGAAGAUACAGAUAGUGAAUCGAAGAAUGAUACUUCAAGUCGUCAAAUAGUACGCACCAAUUUACUGGCCAGACCAAUUAACCCAUCAGUGUCGUUCACUCGUCAUCCACUUGCAUGUCCUCCAUCCAAAAGUGAUGGCCUAAUUCGAUACCAAAUUAAUCCUGAAAAGAAUUGGGGUCCAAAGUCGAGACCAAAAAUGAGGAAUACACCAGAACCUGAACUACAAAACUCACAGUAAUGCCAAUAACCACUAUCACAGAAACGCCUUCCCUACGUGUCAAAUUUUGUGAAUGUACAUAUUUUAAAUUAUGAGCAUGUAUAAUUAAAUUUACUUUUUCUGAAUUGAU